UACCCUUGACACAAAUCUCCCCACACUCCCACACACCUCAGAGGAUCCAGGCUGGUCGUUAAUAAAGCUGGGGGGACAGCAGAAUGGGACCUCGUACAACAGUUGGACCAUCCAAACAGGAGAAGGUUGUGAACAAGCGUCACCAUGGCAGCCGGAAUGAUGAGUAUUACACUGAGUCUACUGUACUCAGCAGCCCAAAGUCAGUGUUGAAGAGGCAGGUAAGUCCAGAGGAGUUGCAGACACCUGGAGGGAGGUACAUAAAGAGGACAUUCACUAUUGUUGGUGAUGAUGUUGGUUGGGGUUUUGUUGUAAGGGGCAGCAGUCCAUGUCACAUUCAAGGGGUUGAUCCCAGUGGCCCAGCUGCUGCUGUAGGAAUGAAGGUGUGUCAGCUGGUAGUGUGUGUAAAUGGAGUAAACGUUUUGGAGAUGGAUUAUCGAAAAGUCAGCAAUCUCAUCCUAACUGGACCUCGCACUGUUGUUAUGGAUGUCAUGGAGCCGGUCGACUGCUGAGAAUUCAAAUAAAAUAGCUACAGUGGGGCCAAAAAGUAUUUAGUCAGCCACUGAUUGUGCAGGUUCUCCUACUUAGAAAGAUGAGAGAGGUCUGUAAUUUUCAUCAUAGGUACACUUCAACUAUGAGAGACACAAUGAGAAAAAAAAAUCCAGAAAAUGACAUUGUAGGAUUUUUAAAGAAUUUAUUUGUAAAUUAUGGUGAAAAAUAAGUAUUUGGUCAAUAACAAAAGUUCAACUCAAUACUUUGUAACAUAACCUUUGUUGGCAAUGACAGAGGUCAAACGUUUCCUGUAAGUCUUCACCAGGUUUGCACACACUGUAGCUGGUAUUUUGGCCCAUUACUCCAUGCAGAUCUCCUCUAGAGCAGUGAUGUUUUGGGGCUGUCGCUGGACUCAUGGGCAACAUGGACUCCACAAAUUUUCUAUGGGGUUGAGGUCUGGAGACUGGCUAGGCCAGGACCUUGAAAUGCUUUUUACGGAGCCACUCCUUCGUUGCCCGAGCGGUGUGUUUGGGAUCAUUGUCAUGCUGGAAGACCCAGCCACGUUCCAUCUUCAAUGCUCUCACUGAUGGAAGGAGGUUUUGGCUUAAAAUCUCACGAUACAUGGCCCCGUUCAUUCUUCCCUUAACACGGAUCAGUCGUCCUGUCCCCUUUGCAGAAAAACAGCCCCAAAGCAUGAUGUUUCCACCCCCAUGCUUCACAGUAGGUAUGGUGUUUACUCAGCAUUCUUAUUCCUUCAAACACGACGAAUUGAGUUUUUACCAAAAAGUUCCAUUUUGGUUUCAUCUGACCACAUGAUAUUCUCCCAAUUCUCUUCUGGAUCAUCCAUAUGCUCUCUGGCAAACUUCAGAUGGGCCUGGACAUGUACUGGCUUAAGCAGGGGGACACGCCUGGCACUGCAGGAUUUGAGUCCCUCUCGGCAAAGUGUGUUACUGAUGGUAGCCUUUGUUACUUUGGUCCCAGCUCUCUGCAGGUCAUUCAUCAGGUCCCUCCGUGUAGUUCUGGGAUUUUUUGCUCACCGUUCUCAUGAUAAUUUUGACCCCACGGGAUCGAGGGAGAUUAUCAAUGGUCUUGUAUGUCUUCCAUUUUCUUACAAUUGCUCCCACAGUUGAUUUAUUCACACCAACCUGCUUGCCUAUUGUAGAUUCACUCUUCCCAGCCUGGUGCAGGUCUACAAUUUUCUUCCUGGUGUCCUUCGACAGCUCUUUGGUCUUGGCCAUGGUUGACUGUUUGAGGCUGUGGACAGGUGUCUUUUAUACAGAUAACGAUGUCAAACCGGUGCCAUUAAUACAGGUAACGAGUGGAGGACAGAAGAGCUUCUUAAAGAAGAAGUUACAGGUCUGUGAGAGCCAGAAAUCUUGCUUUUUUGUUAUUGACCAAAUACUUAUUUUCCACCAUAAUUUACAAAUAAA